UUAUUCAGGACAUGUACCUGAAUGCUGGUGGAGUGACUGUCUCCUACUUUGAGUGGCUGAAGAACCUGAACCAUGUCAGCUACGGUAGACUGACCUUCAAGUACGAGAGGGACUCCAACUACCACCUGCUCAUGUCCGUCCAGGAGAGUCUGGAGAGGAAGUUUGGGAAGCAUGGAGGAGCCAUCCCUGUGGUCCCUACCUCUGAGUUCCAGGCCAGGAUCGCUGUGAGUACAACCCUCCCCACACCGGCCUUUCUAUGAUCCUGGAUUAGUCUC